AUGGUGAACACAAGAAGCGCCUCCAAGUCAGCCUCGGUAGCUGGUGCCACGGACAGCACCGGUACUGAGGCCACCGCGACGACGGCAACCACGAGCAGCGGGGAUACCUACACGUCGACGGGAGCAUCCACGGACACAUCGAACGAAGCAUCAAGCACCGCGGCCGCCUCAGAAGUCACGGCGCCCGCCUCCGCUACAGCCCGUGUCCCUGCCCCCGCGCCCCCCGCGCCUACCCCUGCGACGCCGAAGCCCGUCAAGCCGCACACGCCACGUCGCGCAUGUUCAAAUGCGUCUUCAAAGGGUCGCCGCCGGGAGUUGCUGAAGGCCAAGGAAGAGCUUCUGAAGAAACAAAUGGAGUUAGCCGCCGUACGGGUGGCCAUGCUGGAAGAAGAAACGGACGAUGAAGAAGAAGAAGACGACACCUCCACCAUAAGGGGUGUCCGCAUGUCCGAGUGGGUACAACAAAGUACUCUCGCGCUGACCAUGCAACCACAUCACGCCGUGCCGAGAGAAGACGCCGGAGCGACAGCGGGCCUCCCACGCCGGACAUCGAUGCCAGAGCCGCGCAUCGAAGCCAGUCCACCGGGAGCCGCACUGGAGAACGCCGCGCCGCCGUCUGCACGUCGUGAGCCGUGUCCCAUGGGUGCCGACGAGCCGAGAGUACAGCUGCCACCGAACCCGUACACGUCAGAGCCGCACGUGUACGAGCCGCCGCGUCCGGUGCAGCAUCGAUACGACCCACGACCGAGCGCCUUCGACUACAAGGAGCUAGCCGAAGCCAUCGCCCUCGCUGCACGUGCGCUGCCGUCGCCGCCUCAACAUGUCGCCGCGCCGCGCCAUGUCAACGAGCUACCAACGUUCAGCGGGGCAUCGAGUGAUUGGCUGCCAUUCAAGGCGGCCUAUGAAGAAUCUGCGCAGUCCCUCACGGAGCAAGAGAACCUGUCUCGACUGCGCAGAGCCAUCAAAGGAGCAGCGAAGGAGGCCGUCCACUGCCUGUUCAUCGGGACGCCCUCUACGAGAGAAGUGAUGGAGCUGCUGUCUGCGCAAUUCGGGAGGCCGGACGCACUCAUCAUUCACGAGAUGGAGAAGCUGCGCAGACUACCGAAGAUCGUCGACACUCCGAAGGCCAUCUGCGACUUCGCCGCGACGAUGACCAACGCGACGGCCACAGUGGUGGCAUUGAAGAAGGAGCAGUACCUACACAAUGCGGAGAUCGUCAACAACGUCGUGGAAAAGCUGCCGGCCACACUGCGCAACGAGUGCUACACCUACAUCACCGAGCAGCCUGAAGACAUCCCCGACCUAGUCAAGCUGACGCAGUUCGCCAAGCGGGCCGCGGCACGGUGCAGCCGCUUCGCGCCCAUGGACAUCGCAGCGAGUGACCGGCGGGAGCCCGCGCCAAAGAAGACUGCGCGCACGUACCACGUCGACACAACUACAGCUGCGAAGCCUGCGUGCCCCAUCUGCGGCGAGAAGCAUGAAGCUGCCGCCUGUCCGACACUGAAGCGAGCCGAAGUACCUGCGAGGUGGGACAUAGCGAAGAAAUACAAACUAUGUUUCCGCUGCAUGAAGAUCCGCAAGUACCGACACUCCUGCAAGCCGAAGCAGUGCGACAAGGACGGGUGUACCUACAUGCACCAUCCGCUGCUGCAUGGCGGUACCUACGCAUCGACCGCCAGUACGCAAGUCGUCCAAGAAUCUGAAGCGGUAACAACAGCGCGAGAAGAAAGAAGUGCAACGGGGCUCCUGAAGAUACUACAAGUACGAGUCACCGGGCCAAAGGGGUCGCUCGACACCUACGCGCUACUAGACGACGGGUCGACGUGCACACUCAUCGAGUCAGCAGUCGCGCAGCAGAUCGGAGCAACGGGACCGCCGUCACCCUUUUACAUAGAAGGGGUGUCGGGCAUGAAGAUCGACGCCAGCGAGUCGCGCCGAGUCAACUUGAAGAUCUGCGGGCGUAACACGAGCGAAGUCGACAUCUGCGCGCGCACAGUGCCGGACAUCGGUGUCUCGCCUCAGACGGUGCCUGUGGGGAUCAUCGAGAGCUGCCCACACCUGCAGGACAUCAAAGAAGACAUCCUCUACGAGCGAGGCGCCGCCACCAUCCUGCUCGGGCAAGAUAACUGGGAGUUGCUGCUCACGCACGCUUUCAAGUCGGGCGCGCGCGGACAACCUGUGGCGUCACUCACGACGCUCGGGUGGGUGCUACACGGCGUGCAGUACCGACAGCCGGCAAUGCAGCGCGUGCACCACCUCACGGUGCAGCCGCUUCAAGAAGAGACAAUGGAGAAAAUGAUGCGGGACCACUUCGCACUCGAGUCGCUGUGCGUCGACAAGAAGAAAUCAUACACAGAGGCCGAGCGACGCGCGCUUACGCAGCUAGAAGAAAACACGCGCGCACUACCGGCGGGAGGCUACGAAACAUGCCUCCUGUGGAAGGAAGACGACCCUCGGCCACCCGACAACUACUCGAGUACAAUGAAACGACUCGAGUUGCUCGAGAGGAAGCUGGACAAGAACGAAGCUAUGAAGACGCGGUACAACGCACAGAUGCAGGUGCUGCUCGACAGCGGCUACGCUGAGGAGGCGCCGCGUGAGAAGAACGAGAAGAUCUGGUACCUGCCUCACUUCGCUGUCAUCAACCCUCAGAAGCCGGAGAAACUGAGGAUCGUCCACGACGCCGCCGCUCGAACGAGAGGGACAAGUCUCAACGACAUGCUGCUGCCCGGCCCAGACCUCCUGCAGUCACUCCCGGGGGUCCUCAUGCGGUUCCGGCAACAUGCAGUGGCGGUGAGCGCGGACAUAAAAGAUAUGUUCAUGCGCGUUCACAUCCGAGAAGAAGAUCGCGACAUGCAGCGCUUCCUAUGGAGGGGAGAUCGACGCGCCGGCCCGCCUACCGAGUAUCGCAUGAAGAGCGUCAUAUUCGGUGCGACUUCAUCACCGUGUACGGCUAUUUAUGUGAAAAAUAGCAACGCCGAGCGCUACAAGGACAUCUACCCGGAGGCAGCCGAGGCCGUGGUGAGAAAUCACUACGUGGACGACUACCUGGCGAGCUACGAAACAGAAGAAGAGGCGGUGCGCAUCUCCACUGAAGUCAACAAGAUACAUCACUUCGCGAACUACGACCUGCAGAAGUGGACGUCGAACAGCCGCAUCGUGCUCGCUCAGCUGUCGUCAUCUGAAGCUGAAGACCCUAGACUGCUGCAACUGGACCCGGGGAAGCUGCUGGGCAUGGUGUGGCACCCGGAGGACGACACACUCUCCUUCAACCUGAACAAACAUCGCAUCCCCGAGGCAAUACUGAGCGGCGAGCGCACACCUACGAAGAGAGAAGCGCUGCGGACAGUCAUGUCGAUCUACGACCCGCUCGGACUCGCCACGCCAGUCACCGUGCAAGCGAAGCGCAUCCUGCAGGACGUCUGGCGCUCCGGCAUCGACUGGGACGCGCAACUCGAAGACAACGAAGCACGAGCAUGGAGGAGCUGGAUCGAGCACGCGCAACAGCUGCCGCGCCUCGCCGUGCCGCGCUGCUACGCCUCAUACAGCGGCGCGGCCACCCGCGAGCUCCACAUCUUCGUCGACGCAAGUUCGUCUGCAUAUGCUGCUGUCGUCUACUGGAGGGUCAUCGAUCAAGAGGGAAACACACACCUGUCACUCGUCAGCGGAAAAGCAAGAGUCGCACAGCUCAACAAGGUGGUCUCCAUCCCGCGACUCGAACUGCAAGCGGCCGUGCUGGGAUGCCGCCUCGCACAAGCCGCCAUCGAAGAACACGACUUGAAGCCGAGUCGUCGAGUGUACUGGUCGGACUCAAGAACAGUACUCACGUGGCUACGAAAUGGCCCACGUACCUACAAGCCGUUCGUAGCACACCGCGUAGCCGAGAUAAGCGACACUACGAAAACAAAAGAGUGGCGCUGGGUACCUACAAAGGAGAACACAGCCGACGACGCAACGCGCGACACGCCCCCGGACUUCAACUCAAGUCACCGGUGGUACCGCGGCCCCGCCUUCCUAUACCUACCGGAGGAGCACUGGCCGCGAGAAGAGAAGAUCAUCGAAGAAGACACGGGGGAAGAGCGAACACUCGUCACUGUCGCCGCCACACGCUUGUCUGAGGCCCUGCCAGACAUAACUCGCUUCAGUAACUUCAUGCGAGUUAUUCGAGCGACGGCACGGGUACUACAAUUCAUCGAGCUACUACGUGCGAAGAAACAAACAGUGCUGCAUAAGCGCACUAAGAAGAAUGAAGAGGCCGACCCUGCGUGGACAAGUACUACGCCGAGAACAGCUACGCGGGCCGCUACGCCCGCCGUGAAGACAGCUGUGCGGAAGUACCUACUUCUCAGCGCUCGGCACAUGCACUGCGCGCGUCAACUGUGGCUACGCUCGCAACAACAAGAAAACUUCGCUGAAGAAAUAGCUGCGCUACAGAAAAGCGUCGCUAUACCUACUACGAGUCGACUGCACAACUUAUCAGUCAUACUCGACGAAGAGAAGAUCAUCAGACUACGUUCAAGAAUAGCGACUGCCGCCGACAUCACCCCAUCGCAACGUGAACCGGCAGUACUCGACGGCAAUCAUCGGUGGACCCGACUGUACAUCGCUUGGGUACACAAACAGCUUCACCACGGCGGGUUCGAGACAACUGCGAAGUCCGAUGAAGUCCGGCAACACUACUGGGUGCUGAGACUACGACACGCCGUGCGCAGCGAAGUAAAGCAAUGCCUGGCCUGCCGCAUACGGAAGGCCACACCUGCGCAGCCGUCGACGGGCAACCAUCCACAUACACGGCUCGCGCAUCACCAGAGGCCGUUCACCUACACCGGACUCGACUACUUUGGCCCUCUCAUGGUCACUGUGGGUCGUACGAAGCAGAAGAGGUACGGCGUGCUGUUCACGUGCCUCACCACUCGAGCAGUACACCUCGAGGUCGCCGGCAGCCUGAGCACGGACUCGGCUAUCAUGGCGCUGCGACGGUUCAUCGCGCGGCGCAACUGUCCCUCCGAGCUUCACUCCGACAACGGGACCAACCUGCGGGGCGCCGACGUCGAGUUGAAGAAAGCAGCGCUGGCGGCCAUGGAGGAGGAGGCGUCGGUGCGCUUCAUCCAGUGGCGGUACAUCCCUCCGAGCGCGCCAUUCAUGGGCGGCGCGUGGGAACGGCUGGUGCGGAGCGUCAAGAACGCGCUGCAAGUCACACUGCACGAGCGCGCGCCGAAAGAAGAGGUCCUCGCUACACUACUGGUCGAGGCGGAGCACACCAUCAACAGUCGGCCACUCACCCACGUGUCGACCUCUGCAGACGACGAGGAAGCCCUCACGCCGAACCACUUCCUGCUGGGCGCGCCGUCACGAGUGCCGCUGCCGGGAGCCUUCACCGAGGACGACGAGGCCGGCCGCAAGGACUGGAGGAAGAGUCAACGCCUGGCAGACAUGUUCUGGGCGCGCUGGGUACGAGAAUACCUACCGGAGCUGCAACACCGGCGGGAGCCCCGAGCCACCAACGGGGCCAUCAAGAAGGACGACCUCGUGCUCAUCGCGGACGGGACUCUACCACGGAACUGCUGGCCACGCGGAGUCGUCGUGUCUACCUACCCCGGUCCAGACGGCGAGGUGCGAACAGUCGACGUGCGCACCAACAGAGGGGUACUCCGGCGGCCUACGAAGAAAUUGGUCAUCCUGCCAGUCCACACUUGA